AAGCAGAUCUCCUGCCGGUUUCGUACUAACUGCUGGUGCGGGGAGGCAGCUGCCCGUGAGGGGCCGCGGCUGCUGCCCGGGGCGCCCGCCCCGGUGUUCGGCAGAGUAUUCCAGAGACUAUCUGUGACUGUUUCCAAGAUAGUUCCACUUACUGAGGUUAUGGGAGAGGAGGAGCCAUGUCAGAAGAAACUGUCACUGAAGCACGAUUUUCUCUGAAGACAGUAGCUUUACGGGUAUUUCACCUUCCCCUUUCUUGGUAUUAUUCUCUUAAUCAGAUAAAGCUUUCCCCUGGGUUAAAGAAGCUUUUCACAGUAACAGCAGUGAGUGCAAUAUCUGUUAUUUUUCUGGCCCAUCACUUCAAAAGAAGACGUGGAAAGAAAACUAAGAAAGUGCCACCAUGGGAACCAAGUCAUCUAGUAUUGGAGUGUACCAAAGCAGCUGCAUCAGAAAAAGGUUCUAGUUGUUCCAGUAGUCGGCAAAACUUGACUCUUUCUCUGAGCUCUGCCAAGGAAAAAGGAUCUCAGUCUUGUCUCUAUGCAAAUGGAGGACUUUUCAGUAAAUACUCCGGUUCAGUUCAAAGCCUGGCCUCAGUUCAGAGUGCCACCUCUUGUCACAGCUGUGCUUGUGCCAAUUCUAAUUCCUGGGAUAAAGCAGAUGAAGAUGAUAUUAAGCUUGUUAAUAUUCCAGUGACUACACCUGAAAAUUUGUAUUUGAUGGGUAUGGAGCUUUUUGAAGAAGCACUGCGCCGAUGGGAGCAGGCACUAACUUUCCGUAACCGGCAAGUUGAAGACGAGGCAGGUUGUGGUUCCAUUAAGCUGGGAGCAGGAGAUGCAAUCGCAGAAGAAAGUGUGGAAGAUAUCAUUAGUGCUGAAUUCAUUCAUAAGCUUGAAUCCCUUCUUCAAAGAGCUUAUCGUCUCCAGGAGGAGUUUGAAGCUACCCUUGGGGCUUCUGAUCCUGCUUCUCUAGCUAAUGAUAUUGAUAAAAAUACAGACAUUACUGUAAAGGAUAAUGCAGAUGAUUUCUGUCUUCGAGAUACGUUAAGCAUUGCAUCGACUGACUCCUUUGUUUCCACAGCUGAGCUUACAGAGCACAGAGAGAUUCGUAACACCUAUGGUCUAGAUUCCCUUUGCCAUUGCCCAUUGUAUGAAGAAGCUAUGCACUUGGCAGAAGAGGGCAAAAUUUAUUCACGAGUGUUAAGGACUGAAAUGUUUGAAUGUCUAGGAGACAGUGACUUCCUUGCUAAGCUUCAUUGUAUUCGACAAGCUUUUCAGAUAAUUCUUUCAGAAACAGCAAACAGAAUAUUUCUUGCUGAAAGUGGAAGAAAAAUUUUGUCUGCUUUAAUUGUGAGAGCACGGAAGAAUCCAAAGAAAUUUGAAGAUGUCUUUGAUGAAAUGAUACAGUUUUUGGAACAAACAGAUCACUGGGAUAAUACGGAAAUGGAACUUGCUGCUAGAGGAGUGAAAAACUUGAAUUUUUAUGAUGUUGUUCUGGACUUUAUAUUAAUGGAUUCCUUUGAGGAUUUAGAAAAUCCACCAAUAUCUAUACAAAAUGUAGUGAACAACCGCUGGCUAAAUUCUUCUUUCAAAGAAACAGCUGUGGCUUCAAGCUGUUGGUCGGUACUGAAGCAGAAAAGACAACAAAUGAAGGUGCCUGAUGGAUUUUUUGCACAUUUCUAUGCUAUAUGUGAACAUAUCAGCCCUGUUUUGGCGUGGGGCUUUUUGGGGCCUAGAAAUUCCCUUUAUGACCUAUGCUGCUUCUUCAAGGAUCAAGUGCUUUUCUUCCUCAAAGACAUUUUUGACUUUGAAAAGGUGAGAUACUCAACUAUGGAGAGUUUGGCUGAAGAUCUUCUGCAAUUAUUAAUCCGACACACUGAACUUCUAAUGGCCUAUCUUGGAGCAGAUUCACUAAGACAUGUUGGUGCUUGCGUGAGCGGUCAUGGGCAUGUCAUGACCAGUGGUCUCUUGGAGGCAAAAGUACAGUAAGCUUAAAAUCCAUGCCAGCUGAAAUGGGAGCGUGCCCUGAUGUGCUCCUUCCCACCUUGCUCUCUAACACCAAAGCUCUCAUUGCUGUUACUGAGCAAGCAUCUGGAAUUUUAUCAUGUGGCUAAGUAUGGAAAAGGACUCAGGGAGGUUAAAUGUACAUCUAAGAAACAUAACAGGUGAGCAUAUUAUUGUAUAUACCUAAAUGAAGGUUGCAGCUCAGCUGUCACUGUAUUUAUACCUGAUGUAUCCCAAAGCUUUUUUUCUGUAAUAUUUGGGUAAAGUUUAUUUAUGAAACACUGUACUUUUGCACAGAUAAUUUGUAAAGUGAAGCUGAUGGAGUUGUUUUCUUUAAAGGCUUAUAGUGCAAAAACAUUAAUUGCAGAGUCUCCAAAUCAUUCUGUGUUCUAGAUCUAGAAGGUGUUUGGACUUGAGGUAUAUGCAGCCUCUGAUUCAUGUGACAUGUGCAAUGGAGUAAUCACACUCACAAAACAAAACAUGUUGCCACUGCCCUGAAAUUACAUUUGUGUGGGCGUAAGCAGUCAUUUUGCACUACAGUGUAACAGAGUGAUGCAGGAAUGACUUAGAGAAAGCAUUUUUAUUUUGUUUUAAAAUAUCUAAACAUCAUGAAGGUGUUGGAGAGCACUUUUAUUUUAAAAAGCUAUGCUAGCUUCACCAAUUUUUAAACUUUUCCUUUUUCUAAAACUGUUACUGCUUUAUACGAUGGUGGUAAAUGAUACCAUUCUCAGUUCAUAUGUAGCAUUUCAAAGUAUAUUUUUAAAUAAGGAUGAGGAAUGUGGCAUGAGAUUUGUUAAUCAUGAAGCACCACAAUCAAAGGCAGUGUUUUAUAAUUAAAAACAUUUCAGUCUUCCUUCCUUGUAGGAAGUCAGAUGUGUAGUCGAGAGUAAGCGCUUGUGGCCAUCUAUAUGCACUGCAAAACUGUGGCUCAGGAUAUGGAACCCUAUGGAACUUUAGAUAGGAGCACAGCACAGUAAGAAGGCAUGAGGGAACUUGAAGUAUCUUUUUUUUCCAGUGCUAGAGGUAAUACAUAAUGUUGAUCUAAAAAUCUCUGAAUGCUGUAAGCUGAACCAAUGUUUCAUAUUAGCUUAGGCUCUUAAACUACACUGACACGUGUUUUGCCCCACUAAGCCAGCCCACAAGAAUCUGUCCUGUGUCGAGUAACACACAGUAAUUACAGAGCAAUUCUAAAUACUCAGAUAUUUGAGAAGCAUGUUGUUAAAAUCCAGCAUAUUGAAACAAACUGGUUACAAACAUUUCAACUUCUGUGGCAAACAGAACCCAAAAAGUUGGCAUUUGAAAGAGAGGGCCUGUGUAAUUCCAUGGAUUUUUUUUUUCUGAAGCCAACAUUUUGCUCCUUUAUUGUAUUCAUUUGAUAAAUACAGUAAUUAUGAAAAUGUGUCAUAUGGCUUGUGUGAAAUGCCAACUGAUUGUAGUUUAUUAAAGAAAAAAAGUGUACUUUGACGUGUAAUAAAACAGAAAUUGCAAAUCCUGCUGUCAGCCUAUUUCCACCACUCAAGUUACUGGACUUGGCACUGUGCUCCAUGCUUUACUUUUUGCUGUGUGAAAUACGGCUUUGCAAUACUGGUAUGUGAAGUUUUUCUCACCCAUCUCAUU